GCAAGGUUCUUCAUUUGAUUGUGUAAUGUCGGUUGACAAAGUUCUGUCUGUGAUAUCCACAAAUAUCCUGCAUCUCAGGAUUAGAAAAAAUCUUGCUUGUAAAUGUAAGCGUUGAUUAUGUCAGGAGAUUAUGCCAAAAUAAGAGUAUUUGCUACUCGUAAUGCCUACCGCCAAAAACUUAGGAGUCAAUCAGACAGUUUUUAUUGGAAUCAACACCAUGAGUUACUGAUGGGUUUAAAGUCUACAGUGGAAGGUUUACUGGCAACCCCAACCAGUAAUGUUUGGAGUACAUAUGGUGGUUUAUCCAGAGUCUGUUACCAUGUGGAGAAAAUACUCAAGUUUCAUCUUCUUGAUGAAUUAGAAGAUGCUGACUUCUGGCCAUUUAUAAAACAGGUGAAAUGGCUUGACCCUGUCUUAGGUCCAUUCAUUGAAGGCAUCCAGCGUAUGUCCCCUAAUCCUGAAGGUCUUUCUAAGGGCCACAUAUGGUUAUGUCAGAGUCUACACCAACACAUUACCUCCAGCCAACUGAAGACAUUGCUAAGCAACUCGGAAAACCUAUCACAGUUUUAUUAUUCUGAUGCCUUUCUUUGUAACCCAAAAUACGUCCAAGCUCUUCUGAUCUGUCUGAAUGCCAUCGAACAUAACAAGGUGACACUACUGGCAGACAUUGAUCCUGCUCUUCUGACACUGAGAAGUAAAGCCCCUGAACACAAGAUCUGUGCUAGCUAUCCCGUCCUAGGGAACCAGUUUUCAACUAUGGAGAGAACGAAAGUCGAAAAGUCCCCACCUUAUGCCUCCCCGAAAAGGGCUCGAGCAAUGCUGAGUGUUUCACAUGAGCAAGCCAUACCCAUACCAAGCAACGAAGGAAUCAAAGACAAAGCCAAAGACACCAUGCGGUUCGUCCUGGACAGGUCUGGGACAGUCUCGCCUUCAGAAUCGCCGCCACAGAGUUUUAGUUUCUAUGACAGUAUCAACUCUGAUCCUCUGUUAAACUUUGAAUUUGCUGGCGCCAACAGAAAAGGAGACAGUAACGUUCAGCUGAAUCUGCCAACUAAAGACAUCUGUGAUGGGACCUCAAAAGACAGUUUUGAUCCUGCUGCACUGACUGCUGACAAAAAUAAAGGUUUAUUCAAGUCUGUGUCACUAGAUGAACGCUCUUGUGGCCCAAACCCUGUUGAAUCUACAAGAAAGAAUGAGAUUCCUCACCAAAAUGUAAAUAAUAAACUCGAGACCCAACUGGGAAUGUCACAAGUUGUCUCAUCAACUAAUCCCCAGUCUCAAUAUCCUGAAAACAGCACCAACAGAAAAAACCCUCCACAUAAGAUCAGUCAUAAACGAUGCCAGUCAGAUGUACCAUUUAUUAGGAAAGAACUCAAUGAGUUGCAGAAGGAAAAUCCUUUUAGCAAGAGACCCAGUGUUCAUUCUGUUAAUUAUGACACUAGAUUGCUGAAAAAAUCUGCCACUUUCAACAGUCAACAGUCCAUUUGUUGUCCAGAUGGUAACUUGGUCCACCCUGUGCCUGGUCAGUCUCUCAUCAGUUUUCUCACUUCUCAAGACUUCAACACCUGUGCCAACUUAGACAGGGAAAAUGCUCAUUUUAGCAUUUCUGAAAUCUUGAUUUCUGCCAUUGAACAAAUGAAAUGGAAGCAUGUGAUAUCUCCACGGCGUAUCUCGGAUAACGAGGAAGGUGAUUCCGAUGAAGAAAUACAACACCUCAAGCAGAGAAUUCGAAUACGGCGCCAUGAAAGAAUGAGAGAGAAAGCCCGGGAGAGGCCAGCAUUCAGUGAUGGACGAACGGACAAUAGUUCAGAUUCCAGUGAUGGCAUUGAUGAUCAAGAAAUAGAACUUUCGUUUACCGACAGAUCUGAUAACUGUUCUCUGUUAAAAAACAGUGGUUUGUCUUUAUCAAUGGCCUCGUUGUAUUCAGAUGCUGAUUUGUUCCAAAGACACACAGAAAAAUCUAGCUUUAGUUCAACAAUGGACAGUAGUAAUAGUCCACAAGUAUCUGCAGAGUCUGUGGCCAUCUCUCUACUUAAGAAGUUCUCUGAGAAGCAACUUCCUAAAGCAUCUGAUUUGCAGUGGAUGGUCUCAGAAAAAGACGCUCCACAAGCUUUACUUCCAUUACCAAAUUCCUAUCCUGUCUCUCCAGAUGAUGAAUACACAGAUCUACGCAACAGGACAAGGUUACGAGGCAAUUUAGAAUGGGCGCCACCACGUUUCCAGAUUAUUUUUAGCAUCCACACUGUAACAAAAAGAAAUGUGGUCAUUCCCAAACAGAACUAUCGAUGUGCAGGCUGUGGAACUCGUGUGGAACCUGCCUACAUGAAGCGGUUUCGUUAUUGUGAAUAUCUGGGCAAGUAUUUCUGCCAAUGUUGUCAUACCAAUGCCACUGCUUAUAUUCCAGCCAGGAUUCUACAGAAAUGGGAUUUCACUAAGUACUAUGUCUCCAAAUAUUCUUCUGAUCUUUUAACCAAAAUUUUCCAUGAACCCUUUUUCAAUAUUGAAGACAUAAACCCAGCCUUAUAUCGCAGAGUGAAGGUUCUAGAUAAUAUUAAACAAUAUCGCCAACAAUUGAUACAUCUAGCGACACUCAUGAAAAUCUGCCGACAUGCAAGUAUAAGUAUUUACCCAGCAAUAGAGAAUUUGUCUGGUCAUUUAUUUCGAGAAGUUCAUACAUAUUCCAUUGCUGACUUGCUUUUGGUGAAAAAUGGUGAGUUAUUAGCAAUGCUGAAGAAAUUUGUGACAAAUGGCAUCAACCAUGUUAAAGAGUGUGAGCAUUGCCAUUGCUUUGGGUUCAUCUGUGAACUGUGCAACAAUGAUCAUGACAUUAUCUUCCCGUUCCAGUUAAAUAAAGUCAUCAAUUGUCCUCAUUGUAAAGCUUGUUACCACAUUAGUUGUUUCAUACCCAAUAAAUGUCCGAAAUGUGCUCGUAUUGCUGUCAGAGAAGUUAAAAACGAAGGUGACUGAUGCCUAUUUGUGGAAGUGACAUUAUCUCGCUACUGAAGGAAAGUGCAACAACAGCGAUCAACCGAUAUAGAAGAAGAAGAAAACGGCUGACUGAAGUAGCCAUCGUCAAGUUUGGUUGUCAGUUAUUAUUGGAAUGACCGUGUCUUGUUUGUGUCACCUGCAUCAAUCCUGCUGCAGUUAAAACAAGCAGAAGCUGCUGCAUUAACUGCACAAUAUCUCGUCGUUCUGUAAUGCAAGAGAUGCCCUGUGUUCUGAGGCCAGCAAUGUAUUCCUCCAGCUUCCACAUUUGGUACCAGCUUAACAACAUUAUCACCAAAUAGAAACAGCUUUUCUGGUCAAAGCUUUGUACAUGCUAAAGGAUAAUAUUUAUACUGGAAACUAUUUUUAUUAUUAUUAUUAUUACUAUUAUAAUUAUUAUUGUUUGUCUUUGUUGUUGCAUUGACAAGUUUACUUCCAUGUGAUUCUGUGUGUACAAUCCCCACCACCACCAUCAUCAUCAUCAUCAUCAUUGUCAUCAUAAAUACAAUCAGUAAAAUAUGUUUUAAGAAUUAUGCUUUAUAAGCAUGUGCAGCUAAAUAUAUUUAAUGUGUUGUUGAUGUAUAUAAUGUCUUCGUUUGAUAUAUAUAUAUGUGUGUGUGUAUAUAGAAAGGAAGAAGUGUGUGUGUGCAUGUGAUCAAUAACUGCAAGAAGGAUGGUAUCGCAUGUUACCCUGGAAUGUAUAUUUUGAUGAGAUCUUGCAGUGAAAGGUUGUUGAAGCUUUCUUAUAAAAUUCCAAACAAGGAACCAACUAAGAAUCUGGAGUAAAACUCUUAGAAUUUCCAAUUUAUUUCUCUAAAGAAAAAUGAUACCUUUUUUUUUGCCUUUGUGAAAAUGGUAUCACUUUGAAAUGUUUUAUCUUUUGUUGUUUUAAUCAGAAAUUAAAUUUCAGUUGAGAAUUAUUCUUGAAUUAUAGAAGUUUGGUCCUCCAAACAAAAUGGCAGAGUGACCUCUAGAUUUAUAUAGCAAGGUGACCUCUAAAUAAUAUGGCAGGGUGACCACUAAAUUAUUGUCUUAUUCUUUGGUAUUUAAAACUAAAACUUUUUUUUUAUAUAUAAUUGUGAAAUUGGAUCAAUCUGGAAACUUGAUUGUAGUAUGGAAUAUUGAUUUCAAUGUAACUCUGGUAUGAGCAAUAAAGAAAUGUAUGUAACCCUGGAGGAGAUUGGACGAUGUAUGGAUUUGUGCGAAGAAUUAACCCAAGCCUCAUUUAAAGAAUUAUCUAAAUAUUGCUUUCAUAGAAAUAAUUAGGUUUAGGGUCAAUCUGUGUAGUUCAACAGUUUUCUAACUGAAUUAUUAAUAAUAAUAAUAAUGAUAAAUCCAUGCACUAUUAACAUUAGAGAAAUCAUUCCAUGACCUUUGACCUUUGAAAAUUUCAUGGUCCAAUUACUCAGUGCCUUACACAAGAGUAUUCUUCACUCAAACUUUGUUGCUAAAUAAAAAAAAAAAUUCUCUUCAAUAAAAUGAAGGACUGAUGGUAGUCUUUUGGAUCAACUGUGACUCAGAAGUUACUUUAGGCCUGAAUAGAUUAUCUCUAAAUGGAUUAAGGAAUAUCUUUUAGUCUCUCUAAGUUAACUGUGUGUCCCUCCCCACUCUUUCUUUCUUUUUUUUUUUUUUUUUUUUGACAUUGUAAACCUGCCUGAAAAACCAAGAGCUGCCUUUAUAUGUUACUAACCCCGAACUAUAAGAUCCUUGUCUUCAGCUACUUCAAAACCGUUUUUAAACUCACAAUCUCUCUCAGCCACUGAGUAUAAACUCCUGAUUGGCUAGGGGUUAGGUUUGGUAUGUGGAGUCACUUACGGAACUACUUUCGUCAGAGACUUAAAACUGAAUCCUUGUUUCAUUUGAUUCCUGAUUUUCUAAUUAAUUAGAGGAAAAUUGUCAGAAUUAUGUUGCUCUGUCUGUGGGACCCAGUACAAAACUUUAAUCUGGGAACCAACAUUAAACUCUCUCAUUUAACCAUUCCAAAUAUUUCCAUAAAUCCUUUCAAAGUGUCUUGUGCUAUCCUACUUUAGCACUGUCCAUCUUCCAAGUGAAGACUAUAAUCAGUAGUAAUACUGUUAAAUUGCUGAAGACUAGGUGUUUGGAUUUAAUUAUGUCACAUAUUUGGUGGUAAUAACAUUUCAUUCCAUCCAAACAUUCCUUUAAAUAGCUACACUUUGUAGAAUACUUCUUUAGUUUUGUUAGAAUCUUCAGAGCUGCGAAACGAUAUGGUUUAUGCCAAGAUUAACCAGACUAAAUAGUGCAAUGACCCUUCCAGUCCAUCUGAAAUACAGAAAUUCCUAUCUCAGAGGUGCCAUCCUUUUUCACAGCCAUCAGUUUGGACUCUGAUGAUUCGAAUCUUCCUCUUCUUCAGAAGUCUGCCUGAUACUUUUUACCAAUUUUUAUGAGGCUCAUUUAGAUAUGGUUGGGUUGUGUGUGUAAAGAAGCUGUCAGUUCUUACUGACCUGGCUGGAAGUCUGUGAUAGAAACAUUGAUUCUAUCUCUUACCAUUUCACUGUUACAUCAUAAGACGAGGGUGAGUCAAAAAAAUAAUGCCAUUUUGUUUGGGACAGGUAUAAUUACCAACACAGGAACAUGUAUCAGACAUCAAAAUGAAGCUGGUCCUCUGUGGAUCACAUCCCUACUUCUCAACAUAGUCACCGUUUCUCUCAAUAGCAAUGUUGAGAAACAGGGAUGUGAUCCAUAGAGGACCAGCUUCAUUUUGAUGUAUGAUACAUGUUCCUGUGUUGGUAAUUAUACCUGUCCUAAACAAAAUGGCAUUACUUUUUGACUCACCCUCGUACGUCUGUAGACAUUUAAGGUACUUUCUGUCAGAAAUCAUUUUAUAUUUCUGUCAUUAUCAGAAUUUUGCUAUUGACUUCAGAUAAUAUUUUACUUUAAGUCAAUUUUCUUGGUUAGAAUAUCUAUAUUAAUGUCUUGUGUUAUUUUCUGAAAUAAGAAAAAUGGUUUAGAUUUCUAUGGAAUCCAUUUGUCUUGAAAUUCCUUUGCAUAAUGUCUGUGUGUCCACAGAGCAAUGAAUGAUCUUCCAUAUUGGAAAGAUGUGAGAUUUAUUUCUAUAGAUUCUAAAAUUUGGUUCUUGUAUUGUAUAAUGAGUCUAUGGUAAAUAGUAUUUGCUACAAGUUCUCACAUCUGCUGCCUACCAACUUCGUAAUCCUUUUCCCCUAUGAACGCUACUGUAGAACAGGGCCUCAGCACACAUUUUCCACUCCUCAUGGUCCCUCUCAGCCAGUGUAUCCCAGUUGAAGUUGCUGCAAUAACUUCUGCAUUUGGCUGUCUAGUUAAGGGCAGAUUCUACUGAUGGAUAACCAUUUUGGAUGACUUACACCAGUUCUCUUUGGCUGAGUGCCAAACCCUUUGGAAUCCAGAAUCCGAGUAAGUCGUAUCCAAAAGUCUGGAGGGGUGGGGGAAUGCCAUUAAGUUCUGUACCAGUCAUGUCCUGAAGUAGAGUCAAUUCGCUAUAAGCUUCCAUUACAAAUCUGUGGUCUCAUACCAAUGUGACAAUAAUUUUUACCCUUCUUUCAUUUGUCAUCGUUAAAAACGUUGGUUCUGUGGAUAUUUCAAACUGUGGAAUUGGUUUCUAGAACGUUGUCACCAUCAUCAUCACCAUCAUCAUCACCACAAAGGUAUCGCAUUAAUUCCUACUUAAAUGUGCAAUCAUUUUAUGCUUUACAUUGUUGAUGUGUUAUGUGGUAUCGUGGUGGCUGUACCAUGUCCUACACUGUACCAUAUAGUGUAUUGAACUGUGUCCUGUACUGUACCAUGCUGUACCAAAUAUAUUGUUAUUUAUUCUUAGCUAUUUGUCCUUGUAUUUAUUUAUUUCUAUAAUUUAUGGGUUAAGUGAACAAUAGAAUCAGUAGAGCAUCUGUAAAAUACUUUGUGGCAUUGGUUGCAUGCCUCGAAGUGCUGAGUUCAAUUCCCAUCCAGUUCCAUUUUGCCUUCCAUCCUUCCAAAAUCAGAAAAAUAAAAAAAAACUGGGGUUGAUAUAAUUCCUUGUGCUCUAGAAGGUGGUGCCCCAGUAUGGCCAGACCUGUGACUAAAAUCAGUAAAAAAACAAUAAAAGAAUGUCUGUGUGUCUUUUACCAUUGUGUGUGUGAGAGAGAAAUGAAGAAAUAUUUUCUAGAUGAUAAUAAUGGUGGGAAAAUAUAUUAUUUUUCUGUUAUAAUCACCAGUUUUCAUCAAUUUUACUUCAAACAACAUUUUAAAUACUCUCUUUCCUGUUGUUGGUGCCAAGCUUAGUAUUUACCAUUCCUCCAUUCCAAUGGAAGUUGUGAAUGUCUUGAAUAUUCUUAAAUUUCAAACUAUUAACUGUCAACAGCCUUCUUUACCAAAAUGACUUUCAAACAAACACCUAUUUUCUUUUUCUUUUCUUUUUUUCCCCUGUUUUGUCAUGGAUGGAAUUUGUGUGCAUUUCUUUAAUUUAUUAUGAAUCUUUGAAUCUUUUAAGGCAGGGAAUGUUUUCCUUUGGUCAACCUCCUCUCUUUGCGUUCCUCUCAUCCAUGGACGUUUUCUUUCUUUGUCUGGUAAUUUUCAACCAGAUGUUCAGUAUCGUUAAUGAUUUAACGAUGAUUUGAAUUCCUCCAAGUCUGUUGGGGUCAGGUGUUUGAAAUAAAGGCUUUGACUAAAUCAUAAUAAACAACCCCAUCCUAUCCCUAUGAGACACUGUGAUUCAAGUGAUGUCUCCAAGCCAGAUGAAUUUAUGACUCCUCUACCCCCCACUUCUCUUCUAAAGAAUCUGGUUUUCUUUGCGACUACUUUGGCUGUAAAACUAUUUUGACGGGUCUUCCAGCCUGACCGUCAACAGAUGAUUGAUGUGAUUUAAAUGCUGGUUUAUAUCUGACUUGAUUUAUGAUUGAUAUCCCUGUCACAUGUAAAUGUGAUUGACACAUCAAAGCUUAUGCUCAAAAGACAUCAGCUGUUUUUGAUAUCCUUCAAAAUUGUCCAAAAGAAAUUAGCCAUUAAAUUAAGUCUGGAAGAUCAGCUUGCUUUGCCUUGGCACAAAAUUUGGGUGAGAAGAAAUGUUGGUUUGAGUCGUGUCUGUGAUAAAUGGAACAUUCUUUGUGUGCCAUUUUUAAUGGAAGUUACUUCCUCUAUGUACUUCCUGUCUGCAUCACUUUGUCUUUAGUGAGCGGUUGCUGUGUGUUUGAAAGAGUAGAACCAGUGUGUGUGUGUGUGUGGUCCUGCUGUCUGUGUCAGAGGGGUUAUACUGAGAUACUGAGAUCAAAUACAUGUUGAACAGAGUUAUUUAUGUUUCAACAUCAGAAAACAGUGGUUUUAAGUUCAGUUCUUCUCGGAUCUGUUUUAUUUAUUAAAAUUUUUUUUUUGUUUUGUUUGGUUUUCAAAUUCUAUUCUUCACCAUUAUUACUUUUAUUAUUAUUAUUAUUAUUAUUAUUAUUAUUAUUAUUAUUAUUGUUUGUUGCUCCUGUUUCCUGAGUUUAUUUCACAACUAAACCACUUUAUGUAAAUAUCUGAUAAUAAAUUAAACCAGACAUUUUCUAAUUCUUA